AAUCACAGAAUGGAGGGAGUUGUGGUUUUAGAAUUACUCCAAGAAGAUCUGUACGCAUUCAGCAACAAUUUGCUAUCUGAAUAGGUCUCUCCUCCCCUAUCUUGAGAUUUAACCACUUUAGUUUAAGAAUAGGAGGCUAAAAUGUCAAGUAUGGAAACCUGAACCAUGUUUUCUAAAAGUUCUCCAAAAUCUCCCUCCACCCUGAAGGCAACAAUUCUUUACGGAGGACAUGGACUGCAAAAGGGUAAUAAACAGAAAGGGAAUGGGUGUUCCUAAAAUGGACAGAUUAUAGUGGAGCUAAAAUCUGGCGACCUCUGUUGGAAUGAAGCCUUGUGCAAAAGUGUUUUCAGGAUCAGGGCUCCCCAUUUAAACCUCUGGGGGAGAAAUCACAGGGGAGAUUGCAAGGGUAAGGGCAGUGGCUUCAGUUUUGCAAUGCCCUUGUGUCAGAAGCUCCACAAACGUCCUAUCUUGGGCAAUCACUGGGAGUACUUUGCAGUGCAUCUUGCUGUGUGCAGGAGCAGACUAAAUAAGGAGGCUGUAUUACAGCACGAUGUUGGUGCUUGUGAUAGGAGACCUUCACAUCCCGCAUCGAUGUGCCAACCUCCCAUCCAAGUUCAAGAAGCUCCUGGUCCCAGGGAAAAUCCAGCAUAUCCUCUGCACGGGAAAUCUCUGCACCAAGGACAGUUAUGAUUACCUAAAGACACUGGCGGGGGAUGUUCAUGUUGUCAGAGGGGACUUCGAUGAGGGCCUGAGUUACCCAGAGCAAAAAAUUGUGACCGUUGGGCAUUUCAAAAUUGGUCUGAUCCAUGGCCAUCAAGUUAUCCCUUGGGGCGAUAUGGCCAGCUUGGCGGUUCUGCAGAGGCAACUGAAUGUGGACAUCCUCAUUUCGGGGCACACACACAAAUUUGAGGCUUUUGAGCAUGAAAAGAAGUUCUUCAUCAACCCUGGAUCUGCCACAGGAGCCUACAAUGCCCUGGAUAGAAACGUCACUCCUUCCUUCGUUCUGAUGGACAUCCAGGCCUCCACAGUUGUCACUUACGUGUACCACCUUAUCAAAGAUGAAGUGAAGGUGGAAAGGAUUGAAUAUAAGAAGUCUUAAUCCAAGUUCCCUUACUGGAAAUGCUUUACGAUUUUGAUGUCUCCAUGGAUUUGGCUGUAUAUGCACAUGCACUGUAAUUCACCUGCAGCACAGAAAUACACACCAGGAUCAUAGGGAGGGGUAUGCUGUGCUCAUUCCUCCUUGGGAUCUUAUUGUAAACUUCACUGUUUCUGGAAUUUUGCUAUUGGAAAAAGUGCUGUAAAAAUAAUCUAAGUUUAUAAAUAUCAAAACCUCAGCUAAUUAGAAAAAAAAAACUGCUGUGAAGAACAUGGAACUGAUGGAUUACAAUGUGCAAAACUGUUCUAAAUCCUAUUUAAAAUAAAGCCUUUCCUCUCUGAAA